AUGCAGGGCAGUGAUAAUGGAAGGCCAACUGCCAAGCGGAAGCGAGGUCCCUCAGAUAGCGGUAGCCCGGCGUAUUGGAAGCGGAAUUGCCAACUUCAGCAAGAAUCUACUUGCCAGCGUGUGCUAGAGGAUCGCCUAUAUCCUUCUCUGCGAGAAGCGAAGGAACAGUGUGACACCAAAGGGCCAACUAUCGUUCACAACUAUUCCUAUAUGUCCAACGAAGUCCAGCAGAUUACAGACCCAAACAGCGAGGCAUGGUUAUCUAAGCCGAGAAUCAGACCCGAUCAGAAAGAGCUCCGGAAGUUAGUAGGCAAGUGCUGGGACACAACAAUAAAGCCGUGCUAUAACCCACCGGCAAUGGAUCAUCUUUUGAAAUUCCGACUUUGGAUCGCUAUACAGGCCAUGACAACAUCGGCUAUCUUGAUAUGGGUCCGAGAGAGAGAAUCUCUCCUCGAGCCGCAGUUGGAGUAUCUUGUAAAAUGCGUGGCAAGUAGAUCAGUUACCGAGGGCGCAAAGGAACUUGCCGCUAGACUUAUUGCCAUUCUAGGUCCGCUCUUUAACUGCCUUCCCGACACGUGGCAGGAGACGGAUGCGCCCAUACACAUUCAGAAAGCAUUUGAGUAUCCGUUAAGAAUAAAGGCCGACACGAAGCUUGAUGAAGAAGAGUUUUACAAGGUGCUAAGGUAUCAGCCAGGACAACUAUUCAACAAGGAAACUAUGCUUCCCUAUCCCGGAUGUGGAGUGCAAGGACAAAAUAUUGGCCUUUGCGUCCAGGCCGCUCUUUUCAAGAGCGACUCAGACGCAAUGCCGUCGUAUGCGGCCUCAAAAGCGAUUGUUGUCUUCAAAGAAAAUGCUUGGUUAUUUGAAUUUAUAUAA